AUGAAAAUGGAUUUAAGAAUGGAUAAUGGACAGAAGUGCACGAUCAAUUUUCUAAGUUUUUUCAUUCAUAAUAUUUAAAGUCUCUAUAAAAAUGGAAAAAAAGUUGAAGAUUGGAAAAUUCUAUUUAAAAGUGAAGAAGUAAGUAAAUUAGAAUUAAUGUAAAAAAUCUCAAUAUUAUUUAAAGUGGUGGAGGCAAAUAUGAUGAAAAUGAGUUAAACUGGAAUUUGGAGAGAAUUGCAUGAGAAUUUUUAUAUGUAAAAUGAUAAGCAUCUUUAGUUAUGGAUAGAUUAUUUAUUAAGGUGUUUAUAGUAAAGGGAAGAAGCAGUAAAAAUGGGUGAUUUAGUAUCGACCUCAAAAAGAGUCAAAUUUUAUAGAAAUGUAUUUUAUUUUUUUAAAAUAAACCUAGAGGUGGAGGAUUCUAUGACUCAGAAGGAAGGAAAGAUAACCUUUGGGUAGAAUUACAUGCAAAUUUCUCACAGUAAUUGAUAUUAAAAUAAAAAAGACAACGAGAAGUGUUAUAUAAGGGAAUAUACAAAAAUGGAAUAAAAUAUGACCAAUGGGAAACUUUAUAGAUGAUGGACAAUAGAGAGGAAAUAAGGAAUAUGUAAUUAGAAGAACUGUCUAAUAUUUUAGAGGAGGAGGAUGUUACGAUGAAAAUUAGUUGAAAAAUGGCAAAUGGACUGAUUUGUAUGAAAACUUCAAUAAGUAUUUAAUCUUUUAUUAAUUAGUGAUGCUCAAGUAAAAUAUAAGGGAGAGUAUAAAAAUGGUAAAAAACAAGGUUCAUGGAAAAUUGACUUUAGAGAAUCAAAGGUAAUAAAAAUUGAAAUGACAAUAUAAAUAAUUUAUUGUUAUGAUUUAGUGGAAAUGGAGAUUAUGAUGAAAAUGGAAGGAAGAGUGGUGAAUGGGUGGAAUUAGUAGAUGAUUUGAUAAGUACAUCAGUUAUUCUAUCUUGAAGAUGGAAACAAAUAAUUUAUAAAGGAAAAUAUGUUGAAGGUGUUAAGGUAGGAGAUUGGAAU